GUUGAAGAACUGGGAAAGGCAAAUCGAACAAGCCUCGUUUCAAUUGCUGAAGCUGACUUUUCGUGCUUUUGCUCUGUUUGGUUUAAAAGAAAAAAUAAAGAUCGUCCAUGGAAGACGGCAAGAGCUUGAGGAUUGGGGUCAAUAAGCAGGAAGAAGAAGAAGAAGAAGACGACGUGAAAAUGGAGAAGUUUUUUGAGCUGAUUCGAAGCUUUAGAGAGGCACGUAAUUAUCACAAAAGGAAGGAAUCGACGCAGUGGGAGAUCGAGGAGAACAAGAACAAGAGAAUGAAGAGGAUCGACGGUGAAGAGCAAUCCGGUUGUAAUUACUGGGUUCCAAAGUUCGAGCGAGAGGAUUUUGAUAAAGAGGUUGAGUUCAGAAAGCUUGAUCAUCCUCUGGCGCCUCUGGUCUAUCCUCGUCAAUGCAACAAAGACAAGGACAUGAAAGAAGGAGAUGAAGAUGGCGGGGUAGACCUCAGACUCGCCCUUUAGUAUGGCCUUUUUGUAUGUAUUCAGAAAAAACCUAAGAACGGGAAAAAAAAAAAAAAAAAAGUGUUGGGAGUUUGUUGAUUAUUAUAAUCGUGUUUGUGUAAUUAAAAUUAGGGUUCUUGGUUAAGCAGACCGAUG